GAGCUUUUUUCUGCCCGUGGACGCCGCCGAGAAAGCAUCGUUGAAGUCUUCCCCGCCUCCACUGCCGUCAUGUCUAAAUCAGAGUCUCCCAAAGAGCCCGAACAGCUGCGGAAGCUCUUCAUCGGAGGAUUGAGCUUUGAAACAACCGAUGAGAGUCUGAGGAGCCAUUUUGAGCAAUGGGGAACGCUCACAGACUGUGUGGUAAUGAGGGAUCCAAACACCAAGCGCUCCAGAGGCUUCGGGUUUGUCACAUAUGCCACGGUGGAGGAGGUGGAUGCGGCCAUGAAUGCAAGGCCACACAAGGUGGACGGAAGAGUUGUGGAACCAAAGAGGGCCGUCUCAAGAGAAGAUUCUCAAAGACCUGGUGCCCACUUAACUGUGAAAAAGAUUUUUGUUGGUGGCAUUAAAGAAGACACUGAAGAACAUCACCUGAGAGAUUAUUUUGAACAGUACGGGAAAAUUGAAGUAAUUGAAAUCAUGACUGACCGAGGCAGUGGCAAAAAGAGAGGCUUUGCUUUUGUAACCUUUGAUGACCAUGACUCCGUAGUCAAGAUUGUCAUUCAGAAAUACCACACUGUGAAUGGCCACAACUGUGAAGUGAGAAAAGCCCUGUCUAAGCAAGAGAUGGCCAGUGCUUCAUCCAGCCAGAGAGGUCGAAGUGGUUCUGGGAACUUUGGUGGCGGUCGAGGAGGUGGUUUUGGUGGGAAUGACAACUUUGGUCGUGGAGGAAACUUCAGUGGUCGAGGUGGCUUUGGUGGCAGCCGUGGUGGUGGCGGAUAUGGUGGCAGUGGGGAUGGAUAUAAUGGAUUUGGUAACGACGGAAGCAAUUUUGGAGGUGGCGGAAGCUACAAUGAUUUUGGCAAUUACAACAAUCAAUCUUCAAAUUUUGGACCCAUGAAAGGAGGAAACUUUGGAGGCAGAAGUUCUGGCCCCUAUGGUGGUGGAGGCCAAUACUUUGCCAAACCACGAAACCAAGGUGGCUAUGGUGGUUCCAGCAGCGGCAGGAGCUACGGCAGUGGCGGAAGGUUUUAA